AAAGAUACACACAGCCACGCGCGGACGGAACACGGACGGGAGCGUCGGACGGCUCUCUGCCUCCUUCAAACUGAAGUUCAUCGGUCUCGUUCCGCGAUUUGUGCUAAACACUGUAUUCGUCAUCUUUAACUUUGCCCCGGAUAAACGACAAAAUAGCGAAGUUUCCAAAGAAGGAAACGGUUUGGAGCAAGCUUGCAGCGCGUGCCAUGGGAACUUCUCCUCAUCUUUAAUUAUCUCGUGAAUGGAAAACGUCCAAGCACGGGACGCCUGACUGCUUAUGUUCUGCACACAAACCGUGGUCCUUUGAUCGCGAAGAAACCGGAGUGACAGUUUUCGGGACAGGAGGGCGUCUGGAGAUGGAUGCUUUCUUUGUUGAGGGCACCCGUGUGUGGGUGAGGGAAAAGGAUCAGCUCCUUCCAUCCACAGUCAGUCACCGUGACGACAGCUCUAUGGUCCUCACCACAGACUACGGAGAGGUGCUGACUCUGGAGACGGCGGAGGUGUGUCUGGAGCGCGUGUGUGUGAUGCACCCCGACAGUGUGGCCGGCGUGGAGGACAUGUCCUGUCUCACCGAGCUCCACGAGGCAGCCAUCAUGCACAACCUCCACCUGCGCUACCACAAGGACCUGAUAUACACUAACAUCGGCUCCAUCCUGGCGGCGGUAAACCCUUAUAAGCUGAUCUCAGGCCUGUAUGAUGGCGCUGCUGUGGCGCUGUACAGUCGCCACCACCUGGGGGAGCUCCCGCCCCACAUCUUCGCCGUGGCCAACGAGUGCUACCGCUGCCUGUGGAAGAGACACGAUAGCCAGUGUGUGCUGAUCAGUGGAGAGAGUGGUGCAGGUAAGACAGAGAGUACCAAGCUGCUGCUGAAGUUCCUGUCUGUGAUGAGUCAGAACUCCGUGGGCACGCCCCCUUCAGAGAGGACGACACACGUGGAGCAGGCCAUCGUACAGAGCAGCCCCAUAAUGGAAGCGUUUGGGAACGCCAAGACCAUCUACAACAACAACUCCAGCCGCUUUGGGAAGUUCAUCCAGCUGCACUUCUCCCAGAGCGGGAACAUCCAGGGAGGAGGCAUCAUCGACUAUCUGCUGGAGAAGAACCGAGUGGUGCGUCAGAAUCCGGGGGAGAGGAACUAUCACAUCUUCUACGCUUUGCUGUCAGGGGCGGAGCGUGACCACAGGGAGCUGUACUUACUGUCCGAGUCUGCGGAGUCGUACCAUUACCUGAGCCAGUCCGGCUGUGUGAAGGACAGCAGUCUAGACGACAAACGGCUCUACCACAGCGUUAUGGAGGCCCUGCAGGUGAUGGAGUUCAGUGAGGAGGAGAUCCGUGACGUGUUUAAGCUGCUGUCGGCCGUGCUGCAGAUGGGCAACAUUGAGUUCAUGACCGCUGGAGGAGCCCAGAUCACCAGCAAAGGAGUGGUCAAUAACGUGAGUGACCUGCUGGGUCUGGACUCAUUCCAGCUGUCGGAGGUGCUUACCCAGCGCUCCAUGAUCCUAAGAGGAGAAGAGAUCUGCUCCCCACUCACCAUCGAGCAGGCCAUAGACUCCCGUGACUCUGUUGCCAUGGCGUUGUACUCUCAGUGUUUCUCGUGGAUAAUCACACGCAUCAACCAGAAGAUUAAAGGCAAAGAGAACUUCAAGUCCAUCGGCAUUCUCGACAUCUUCGGCUUCGAGAACUUCCAGGUGAAUCGCUUUGAGCAGUUCAACAUCAACUAUGCCAAUGAGAAGCUGCAGGAGUACUUCAACAAGCACAUCUUCUCCCUGGAGCAGCUGGAGUACAACAGAGAGGGGAUCCACUGGGAGGCUAUUGACUGGAUGGACAAUGCGGAGUGCCUGGAUCUCAUAGAGAAGAAAUUGGGCAUGCUGGCUCUCAUCAAUGAGGAGAGUCGCUUUCCCAAAGGGACGGACUACACUUUACUGGAGAAACUUCACAGCAGACACGCCGCUAACCCCUACUAUGUGAAGCCAAGGGUGGCAGAUCACCAAUUUGGCAUCAAGCACUAUGCAGGAGAGGUGUUGUAUGAUGUGAGGGGGAUUCUGGAGAAGAACAGAGACACCUUCAGAGAUGAUAUUCUAAACAUGUUGAAGGACAGCAGACUGGACUUUGUGUAUGACUUGUUUGAGAGAGUGGGCAGUAGGAAUGGAGAGGAGACCCUGAAGAUGGGAACCGCACGGAGAAAACCCACUGUCAGCUCACAGUUCAGGGACUCUCUGCAUGCCCUGAUGGCCACUCUGAGUGCCUCCAACCCUUUCUUCGUACGCUGCAUCAAACCCAACAUGGACAAGAAGGCUGAUAAGUUCGACCCAGAUGUGGUUCUAAACCAGCUGCGGUACUCCGGCAUGCUGGAGACGGUGAAGAUCCGGCGGGCUGGGUUCCCCGUUCGCAGAACCUUCCAAGACUUUUACAGCCGGUAUAAGAUGCUGGUGAGAAGGAAGACUCCAGUGGGGGAGGAGAGGAAGGUGUGUGCAGAACUCCUGAGUGCACACGACCCCACAGGCAAAGAGUGGCAGUUGGGCAAGACCAAGGUGUUCCUGCGUGAGGUGCUGGAACAGAAGCUGGAGAGAGAGCGGGAGAGCGUGCGGCGUGCAGCGGGCAUGGUGAUUCGUGCACACAUACUGAGCUAUGUGGCAAGGAAGCACUACAGAAAAGUUCUGUCCAGCACGGUCACCAUCCAAAAAAACUACCGGGCCCACUUCUGGCGAGGCCGGUUCCUGCGUUCGCGCUGGGCUGCCGUGGUCCUGCAGAAACACCAGCGUGGGGUCCGAGCCCGACACCUCUACCGCCAACUACAGGAGGAGAAGAGGAGGCGCGAAGAGGAGAAGGAGAGGAGGAGACGCGAGGAAGAGGAGAGGAGGAGGCUAGAGGAGGAGAGGAGGAGAGAGGAGGAGGAGGAGCGGAGGAGAGAGGAGGAGGAGAAGAUUCGCCUGCUGCAGGAGGAGCAGGAGAGACAGAGGCGCGAGGAAGAGGAGGAGAGGAGGAGGAGGAAGGCGGAGGAGGAAGAGGAGGAGAGGAGGAGGAGAGAGGAGGAGGAGGAGGAGAGAGAGAGGAAGAGAAAGGAGGCACAGAACAACAGGAACUCGUUGCGAGCCAAUCCGAUUUGCCAGAAGCCGUCGGGCCAGUCGUGUUCAGACGAGGAGUCUCGUCAGAUGGAGGAGAUUUUGCGUCUGGAGCGUGAGAUCGAGCGGCUUCAGCGUCAGCGCGAGGAGGGCAUGUCGCUGCUGGACACGGGCGGCUCGCCGGCCAGCGAGGCCGAGCUGCAGCUGCGGCGCGACGCCGAGAUCUUGCGCCUGGAGAAGGAGGCCUCGCGCGUGGCCACCGAGUUCCUGGAGAUGCUGGACUUCGGCGGCCUGGAGCCCUCGCUGUCCAGCGAGGAGAACCUUCCGGAGGCGGCCGAGCGCAGCGCCACGGCGGCGGCGCCGCUCGCCCGCCACGACGACGAGGAGCUGGACGAGGUCAGCCACGCGGAGGAAGAUGCGGAGGCGGAGGCGGAGGGCGUGGUGGUGCUGGAGGCGGCGGUCGCCGUGACGCUGCCCGAGCUGCCCCCGCCCGCAGCCGCACCCCUGGGGAGGGACGUCCUGGGGUCAGUGCCCCCGCCUCCCCCGGCCUUCUCCCAGGGCCAGCAGUGCGUGUCGUCGCCCAUCAUACGCCGGAUGGACGUGCCCCCCCCCGCCCAGUCACGCGCCCGCUCCACCCCCCAUGCACCACGCGCUCCACCUGCGCAACACCCUGGGCCGCCCGCACCCGCACGCCCACGGCCACCCCCACCAGCGUCCACUCAACAACCACACACACCACCCACCCCACCCCCCGUGCACCCCCACCCCCACGCACACCCCCACCCCCACGCACACCCCAACGGGCACAGCGCCGGGCAGCACAACCCCCACGCACAGCUCCACGGGCAGACGCCCACACACGUGCGCGCGGCCAACCCUCCUCCUCCUCCGCCGCCGCCGCCGCCCAUACAGGCCCCCGCGGCCCCACGCAGCGCCAGCGUCAGGAGGAACCUUCCGGAAGCCCUGCCCGCCCAGCCGCCCCCUCCUCCGCCACUGACCCCGGCCCCCCCGCCGCCCCGCGAGGAGCCGUCCCACUUCGCGCUGGUGCCGGAUGGGGAGGCGGAGGGCGAGUCCGACUACGACCAGGAGGAGUACGAGGAGACGCAGGGGAGCAGCGGGGAGGGUCACCUGACCGACGAGGAGGUGCUGAGGAAGUCCUCCUGCACAUACAACAGCCUGGACUCAUACAGGGGCAGCUCCGACUCGUUUAUUGAGAGUGAUGAAGAUAAUGACGGCUUCGUGGACACAGAUGAGGAGGUGUCCAACGGAAGAGUGACCAUCUUCAACGGCAACGGACCUCCCUACUUCCACAGCUAUCUCUACAUGAAGAGCGGGCUGAUGAUCCCUUGGCGUCGGCGCUGGUGCGUGCUGAAGGACGAGACGUUCAUGUGGUUCCGUGCGAAGCAGGAGGCCCUGAAGAGCGGCUGGCUCUACAAGAAGGGCGGCGGCAUGUCCACGCUGUCGCGCCGCAACUGGAAGAUGCGCUGGUUCGUGCUGCGCGACGCCAAGCUCAUGUACUUCGAGAACGACAGCGAGGAGAAGCUCAAGGGAACCAUCGAUAUCCGCGCCGCCAAGGAGAUUGUUGAUAACCAUGUGAAGGAGAAUGCUCUGAACAUCGUCACCGACGAGAGAACGUACCACAUCUAUGCAGAGUCACCAGAGGAUGCUAGUGGCUGGUUUAACGUGUUGAGUCGGGUGCACAGUGCCACCCCUCAACAGCUUCUGGACAUGCAGCAUGAGCAGGCCAACCCCAAAAAUGCUGUGGGAACGCUGGAUGUGGGAUUAAUCGACUCGGUGUGUGCGUCGGAUAAUCCUGACAGGCCCAACUCGUUUGUGAUAAUCACGGCGAACCGAGUGAUUCACUGCAACUCUGAGCUCCCUGAAGAGAUGCACCACUGGAUCGGCCUGCUGCAAAAGCCCAAAGGAGACUCACGCAUUGAUGGACAAGAGUUCCUCGUCAGAGGCUGGCUGCAUAAAGAGAUGAAGUCCGGUGCUAAAAGCACGUCCCUAAAGCUGAAGAAGCGCUGGUUCGUGCUGACCAACACCUCGCUGGACUACUACAAGUCUUCCGAGCGCAGCGCCUCCAAGCUGGGCACGCUGGUGCUCAACAGUCUCUGCUCCGUGGUGCAGCCGGACGAGAAGGUCUUCAAGGAGACUGGUUACUGGAACAUCAUCGUGCACGGGCGCAAGCACUCCUACCGCCUCUACACCAAGCUCCUCAACGAGGCCAUGCGCUGGGCGUCGGCCAUCCAGGGCGCCAUCGACAACAAGGUUCCCAUAGAGACGCCAACACAACAGCUCAUCCGCGACAUCAAGGAGAACAGUCUGAACGUGGAGGCUGUGGAGCAGACGUACAGACGGAACCCCAUCCUGAGAUACACGCAGCACCCCCUCCACUCCCCACUGCUGCCCCUGCCCUAUGGAGAGGUCAACACCACCCUCCAAAAGGAGAAGGGCUACUCGAGCCUGCAGGACGAGGCGGUGAAGAUGUUCAACUCGCUGCAGGAGAUGGAGGCGGUGUCUGACCCUACGCCCAUCAUCCAGGGCAUCCUGCAGACGUGCCACGACCUCCGACCCCUGCGCGACGAGGUCUACUGCCAGCUCAUCAAGCAGACCAAUCACGUGCCGCAGCCCAACAGCGCGGCCAAUCGCGCGCACUGGCACCUCCUCACCUGCAUGAGCUGCACCUUCCUGCCCAGCCGCGGUAUCCUGCGCUACCUCAAGUUCCACCUCAAGAGGAUAAAGGAGCUGUUCACUGGCACUGAGAUCGAGCAGUAUGCUAUGUUCAUCGGGGAGACCCUGAAGAAGACAAAGCUGCGUGAGUACGUGCCGUCUCAGGAGGAGAUCGCCGCCCUGUUGGUCAGGCAGGAGAUGACCACCACGGUGUACUGCCAUGGAGGAGGCUCCUGCAAGAUCUCUAUCAACUCACACACGACGGCUGGAGAGGUGGUGGAGAAGCUGAUCAGAGGGCUGGCGAUGGAGGACAGCAGGAACAUGUUUGCCCUGUUUGAGCACAGCAGCACCAUGGACCGAGCAGUGGAGAGCAGAGUCAUUGUGGCCGACGUACUGGCCAAGUUUGAAAGGCUGGCGGGUGGUGAAGGAGGAGAGGAGGACAGCCAAUGGCGUCUCUACUUCAAGCUCUACUGCUUCCUGGACGUAGAGAGCAUGCCCAAGGAGGGGGUGGAGUUUGUGUUCAUGUUCGAGCAGGCCCAUGAGAGUGUGAUCAGCGGUCACUUCCCGGCGCCGGAGGACACGCUGCAGCAGCUGGCGGCCAUGCGUCUGCAGUACCUGCACGGGGACCUGUGCCGCGCCACCUGGAGCCUGGAGCACGUGUACCCUGUGGGCCGCCUGCGCACACGCAUACUGCAGUUCACCAAGGUGGGCACCUCCUCUUCCUCCUCUACCUCCUCUUCCUCCCCCACGGGCGGGCCGGGCUCGGCCCAGACCCUGGAGCGUCGGCGGACCAGCUUCCUAGACGGGACGCUGCGGCGCUCGCUGAAGACGGGCUCGCUGCGCAAGCAGCGCGUGGAGGAGGAGCAGAUGCUGGACAUGUGGCUGCGCGAGGAGACGUCGUCCACGCGCGCGUCCAUCCUGGAGAAGUGGGGCCGUCUGCAGGGCCUGCAGCAGCACCAGGCCCUGCUCAAAUACAUGAGCGUCAUCAAGGAGUGGCCGGGAUACGGGUCAACACUCUUCGACGUGGAGUGUAAGGAGGGAGGCUUCCCCCAUGACCUGUGGCUGGGCGUGAGUGCUGAGAACAUCUCUGUGUAUAAGCGCGGCGAGGCCAAGCCUCUGGAGACCUUCCCCUACGAGCACAUCAUCUUCUUUGGCGCGCCACAGCCCAGCACCUACAAGAUCACCGUCGACGGACGCGAGAUGUUCUUCGACACGCCUCAGGUGGGCGAGAUCACCAAGAUCAUAAAGGCCUACAUCAACAUGAUAGUCAAGAAGCGCUGCAGUGUACGCUCCGUAUCCAGCUAUGGCAGCAACUGGAUCAGGUGAUCAGGACUGGCCAGUCAGGUUACUGCUUCUCCAAGGUGCUCAUAGAGGGGCCUCCCUCCCCAGAGCACCAAGCUUUGUGAUUGGUUGACGUAACCAACUGACGAAGAAAUUAACCAAUGAAAGGAGCACCUCUUUUGAUUGACACCUGAGAGGUCCACUGUGAUGCUUUUGUAGGUGUAUCUUACACCAUUUGUGUAGCCUAUGCUGUAUUUAAAUCCUAACUACUGUAGCCACUAAGUGUUUAUUAAUGAACUGACAUUCUGAGACAGCAGCUCCUUCCGGCACCAAACACCCUCAUCCAUCAGAGGACUUCACUAAUCUCCUGAUUGGGUCUGGAGACCUCCACAUUCACUAAUCAUGUGCAUAAGCAUGCACAUAAUGAUCGGACCGAGUGAAACUUCACACAUGCACAGAUGGCUUCCCAUGUGUCACGUCAGGUCUCACAUGUUGUCUGGCACCAAAUGGACAGGUCGCAUUUAUUUGUCCAUCUCCAUUGUGUUCUUAAACGGAUGAUGCUGCAGGUGCCGCUGAUGGUGUUGGACUGUAGCAUUCAUGUCUGGCCACCAUGACAAGCCAGCAGAGUGGAGACACUGUGUGAGAGGAUUCCUCAGGUAAAGUGCCGAGAGCCGUCACCUUGAUCUCACACACUCAGCGUCCUGAUGCCUUAAGCCAUCCCAGCGCUCCAAGCUGUAUCUCUCAAAACACACACGCACACGCACACACACACACACACACACACACACACACACACGCACACACACACUUCCUCUUGCCAGAUGAGGUGUGUGCCCCAAAGAGUUAUACAGAGAUGUCCACUAAGAUCCCGAGCAUGAUGGCAAGAAAGAACAAUACUACAGCCAGCAAACGGAUUGGUAGUGAAGGUCGACUUGAGAAGACACGCCAUACAGACUGACGUGCUACCAUUUGGAACUUGUGUGUGUGUGUGUGUGUGUGUGUGUGUGUGUGAGAGAGAUGUGGUGGUGUUUGGACCUCUUUUUAUUUUGGUGCUUUUCCCAUCUGUGUUUUGUGAGUUAGAACAGGAGAGCAUACGGACACUAAAAGACUAACCAAGAGCUGGACUGUCAGGAGACCUGGUCAGGCAGGUCUUCAUCAUAAUCAUAAUAACCCUUUAAAGGCCUCCGUCAUCCUUUAAUCAUGUGGUGCAGAACACCUGAAGCGGCGGAGUCUGGGCCUCGUUAAGGGCUCUGCCUCCCAUCUGGACUUCGCCUGGAAACACACGUAGGAACAGAGAUCUUACUUCACCCGUGGACAGUGUGUAACAGGAUUGGUCACGCUUGAACACGGCCUUCUUUUGGAUAUACAGUAUAUGGAUGAAUUAGGACAUUUGUUUAUGUUAUCAUAAUGAAAAGAUUGUUUAUGACUGACUCUCUUAUUCAUCAACAGGAAAAAGCAAGUAUUUUUUUGUUUGUUUUUAUUUGUAUUUUUUUUUGUUAAACAAGCGCUUGUGGUUUGAUGCCUCACAGAAGGAAGUGUGAAAUGAUUUGUGUCUAAAGAGAGAGAGAGAGAGAGAGAGUGUGUGUGGGUGUGCGUGUGUGUGUGGGCUUGGGUAUUUAUUCAUGGUCAGUGUUGUUAUAGGCAUGAUGUGUGUUUGAGGAUAUGGGAUAAACACUGACGAUGAUUAUGAUGAUUCUAAAAAGCAUAGUGAUGAGGUCAAGAUGGUGCCAAUGGCGAUAAUUAGGCUAUGCCGAUUAUAUACAAUGAUGAUGAUGUUAACGAUGGUGAUGAAGAUUAUGAUGAUAAUGAUGAUGAAGAUGAUAACAGUGAUGAUGUAGAUGGUAGUUAGGAUGGAUGAUAACAGAAAAGACAAGGUUGAUACAGCUGAUGGUGCUGAUGAUGAUGAAGAUGAAGAUCGCAAUGAUGGUGCAGUGGCAUGUAUGCUGUCCACCACUGCUCUCUCUUCAGUGCUUCUGAAUGGCUGCCGGCAGCUUCAUCAGAAGAUCCUGUGUAAGAUUGCUUUGUAAGUGGUGCAAAAAAAGAGAAUGCAGAUAACGAAGAAAAAAAAACAAUUUCUUGCUUGUUAUGUUUGGAAAGAAAUCACUAUUUGAUUUUUUGUAACUGGAUUUACAAAAUGCUCUAAUAAAUUAUUGUAUUUCA